AUGACCGCCGAUUGGUAUGAUCCCAUUCCUUUCGAGGACUUUCUCGAACUCAAUAAGCAAGCAGUCAAUGGACCUGUUCCCGAGAAAGUUCCAGGGCCAGUGGCCGUGAAUGGAACCAACGUGGUUUGUGGUCCUAUUCUUCGACUUUGGGGAACAUUGGAGGAAGGUGCAGAAACAUAUAGGGCAUCGAUCAUGUUGGUGUCUGAGGGAAAGAAACCCUCCAUUGAGUAUACGAUCGGGCCAGAUGUCAGGAGCGCCGAGGCGAAGGAUUUGGCGGAUGGUGAGUUUCCCGGCGAAAUGUAUCACGAGACCAAGAAGGGACUUAUGUUCUGGAGAUUCGAGGUGGAGCUCGAUAUCGAGAAGUAUGAGCAGAGGGUGCGGUACCGGGUCAAUGGCCAGGCCAACCCAGCUCAUCAGUUUUUCAUUCCAGCAUCUGAGGACUCCAUGAAUGUCAUGGCCUACUCUUGUAAUGGGUUCUCUUUGGGCACAGAUACCACCCCGUGGCAGCUGUCGCUUUGGCUCGAUGUCUUGCGCAAACACGCCAAUCGUCAACACUACCACGUCAUGCUUGGAGGUGGAGACCAGAUCUACAACGACGCUUUGAAGAAGGACUGCAAGACCUUGGAGACUUGGAUCCACAAGAAGCUCAGUUACCAGAAGAGACAGGUCCAGGUGACCCCUGAGAUAGUGGAGGACUUGGAGAACUACUACCUCAAAUCGUACCUUGAAUGGUUCGGCAAGGGCUUCUAUGACGCUUCUCCGCCAGGAACUUUGCAGCCAUUGUUUCCUUUGGCCAUGGCUCAAAUCCCUACGGUGUCCAUUUGGGACGAUCACGAUAUCAUUGAUGGCUACGGCUCCUACAAGCACAAGACCAUGGAGCUGAGUGUUUUCGUCCACAUUGGUGCGGUCGCAUAUAAAUACUACAUGCUUUUCCAGCACCAGGUCUCUCCAGACGAGCCAUUGCACACCAAAGAUCCUUCCUGGAUCCUUUCCAAGAGCAACGGUGCUUUCAUCAAGCAGAAGGGCCAUUCGACGUUUAUGCGUUUGGGUCGCCAGAUCAGUUUGCUUGGGUUGGACUGCAGAACAGAGAGACAGGUGCACCAAAUUGUACCUGAGCUGACAUACAAGGAGGUUUUCAAGCGGUUGGAAUCUGAAAUUGCCAAUGCGCCCGAGACAAAACAUCUUCUCGUUAUGUUGGGAGUGCCGAUCUUGUAUCCACGUCUUGUUUGGAUCGAGAAGAUCUUGGCCUCGCGGGUGUUGAAGCCAGUCCGUGGUUUAGCUACCAGAGGUUUAUUUUCGCAAGGCUUCAUCAAUGAUUUCGAUGGUUCUGCCGAAUUGUUGGACGACUUGAACGACCAUUGGUGCGCUCUUUUGCACAAGAAAGAAAGAAACUUCUUGGUCAAGUCUCUUCUUGACUUUGGCGCAAAGCAUGCCGUGAGAAUUACUAUUUUAUCCGGUGAUGUGCAUUUGGGAUGUUUCGGAAGAAUCAAGACAAGAGCACACAAACAUCCGGGCGCCCAUUUGAGAGCCAAGGACAAGUUGGAUGCCGAAUUCAACGCUACAGAGUACCCAGAGCACGACCCCAGAUUAAUGUUCAACGUCACCUCGUCUGCAAUUGUCAAUCCAGCACCUCCUAACCCAAUGGCAGCAUUGCUUGAUACCAGAUCCAUUGUCCAUAAAUUCGACAAGUUUACCGAGGAAGAUGUGGUGCCCAUUUUCCACAUCAAUCCCGAUGGAUCGGCAAGAGACGGCCAUAAGUUUUUGAACAAGAGAAAUUGGAACGACCUUAUUUUAGCCAAGCAGUCUCCUUUGUACAAGGACAAAAUUGGCACGGUCUCCAAGAUCCCCAGUGCUGUUCUGCCGAAGGAUGUCGAGAGAGCGUCCAAGAUGACGCCCGACGACCGCAACGUGAAGUAUCCCGCCCGUAGCGAAUCCUUGGUGACCAGCAUUCAUUUCGAGAAUGACGGCAAUGAUCCAGAAGCCACCACCAUGGCGUAUGAGGUAUUGAUUCCGGACAUGUGCGAGAAGUAUAUUCUCCAGAAGGCCCGGGUCAAGCAUUUGCAUGACUAA